AUGUCUAAUGGACAUGAGCUGUCAGGGUCUGGCAGUAGCCAGUCCCAACCAAAAAAAAAUCCCCCUGGGAGUAUUUCAUCAGAUUCCAGCUCUGCUGUUGCUCUCCUCACAGAGGAAAAUUUGAAAAAGCUGGAAAAAGAGUACAUAAAUUCUAAAGAAGCCUUCAAUAAGCAGAAAAUAGAAGAUUACAUUAAGCAGAGUAAUCUCGCCCUGUCCAGUGAAGAAACAACGACAAAAAGCAGCGGAGAGUUUGUCUGGGAUGAAGAGCCUGAAGGAUCCUCCUCAUCCCUUCCCACGACAUGGAACAAAGAUCCCAAAGAAGUUCACGGGGAGAUUUCUGAAGAAAUUUCAAGGAAGGAUGAACUUUCAACAGAGUUGGCGACAGAUUCCCUAUCAGCUCUGCUCAUUGGUUCUAAGCUGGAGGAAUCCAAGCAGCACGUUGACGACUCCCUUGCCUCGUCCUGCAGCAGCAGGCACCAAGUCAAGGACGUGACGACUCAGACUGAGUGGAGCUAUUCAGGUAAGUCCCUAGCUGUCAAGGAGCAGGCUGUUUCAGUAAUAGAAGAGAAGAGCAGCUCAGAGGGAACGAAAUGGAGCAGCCUUAAACCCACCAAACACCAAGUGGGGCUCUACAGUGACACUGAGAAACAUCCCGAGAGGGAGGAGAGCAAAGAGACAACUGAAACCGAGAAAGAGGCGGCAGCUGAGGAAGGAGAGGAAUACAGCCUGUGUGAACAAGAAGCCCUGGACGAGUCUGUUGUCUUAGCACAAAGAAGUCCAAGGCCAGAGUCAGAAGAUGAAAUGCUGUGCAGGAAACACGUGCACGAGAGUGACUGGUUCCUGAAUACCCUCUACAUGGACAAGGACAAUAUCUUACCUGAAGUAGCUACAAGGUGCAAAUUUUGUAGUGGUCCUGAAAAGCCAGUACCAACAGUGGUGGAUCUGAAGGAACAACCGCAUGAAAAUUUCUUCUGCUGUAGGAGCUAUAAGGAAAUAUUCGAUACUGUGAUCCAAGAGCUGAUGAAUGAAGAUGAUAUACAGGAAGAGAUUGACAUAGCUCCUCAUCCCCACCGCUCCCAAACAGAGCUGCGAAGCGACAUUAAAGCCGAACUGCUGCGACAGUUAAGUAUGGAAGGCUUUGAGAACUUCAGGGAAAUAUUUCAGCGGUAUCUGCAAUUUGCAGCCUGGAGCAAGAUUUCAUUCAGGCUCUCAGAAGAAAACGAAUACACUGUUAGACCAGAGGCUGAUCCUUCCAAGAAGCACAGACCAACGUCACCGCCUCCAGAAGACCUUCUUGAGCUGGACCAUGAUUUCGUUGCAGAGCACCUAAAGCACUGCCACCCUCUCGAGCCCGUUACAAGGUACUACCCUGAUGGACAGACAUUUCUUCUGCUUCUUCCAGAUGGAACUGGUCAGGUUUACUACCCCUCGGGCAACAUGGCCCUUCUGAUCACGUAUAGCCAGGGGUCUCGGUUCACGUACUUCGUCCUGGAGGACAGCAAGUGCAUGGGGAUUAGAGGCUUCUUUGGGAACUGCGGGCGCGCAGCGUGCUGCCACCCCAACGGCCACAUCUGGGUGGCCCUGGAUCUCUGCGCCGGCUUCUGCUUUCACCAGGAAGGGACAAGCCAGAGGCGCUGGAACUGGUGGGCGCUCAGCCCCCACGUUCACAGCCCUCCUUUCCAGACCAUCUUCAUGAAGCUGAACGCCCACAUCACCGUGGAAAUUAUGGCUCAGGAUCAGAUCUGCUUAACGUUCAGCAGCCACAGCGACCACAUCCGCUUCAACGUGGGCGCCCGCCUCAAGCUGAAGGACCCCGAGACGAGACACUUGCUGAAAAGGCCAAGCGGCAGCGAGGAGCUCUUCCUUGAGGCCAAACGGAGCGAGCUCCGGAGCCUGCUCCUGGAAAUACAAAGGAGGGUGCACCGCUUCUGGCACCCCCUGCCCCGCUGA